UUUUUUAUCGUGUGAUUUUUUUUUUUUUCUUUUGUGGGAAUUGUUUUAAUUUGGGGUUUGUUUUGUGAGCAAGAAAGAAGACAAUUAUUUUUAGUAUUUUUACAUAUUUUUCCUUUAUAUGUAUUUAUAUGACUUUUCAUUCCUUCUUUUGAAACAAUAUUUUAUAUCGGUAAUAUGCAAUGUAGCUUUACAGAUGUUUAUACGUCGUGGAAGUGGCAGCCAAUGGGGAAGCUGCUCUGAGGCACGCGCUCCGCCUCUCCGAUUAAAUUACCCAAUGGGAAUCGCAAAAGGAUUUUUAAAUCCUCCAUACCGACUGUAACGCGCUGUGGCUUGACAUUUCUUCGACAUUGAAGUUAAACUCGGACAACAUUGUUUCUGGACGACAUUCUGGGAACUGAGGAUGGCAAAAGGGAAGAAAAAUGGCCUGAAAACUGAGAAAAAAACAGGCGAGACUGCUGAACAAACCACCACCUCACAAGCGGAGACGAAGGAAAACAAGCCACAAAUGAACAAGGAAUGUGUUGGUAAAGCACAGUCAGUUCUCCAGAGUCUGCGCAGUCCAGGUAAGGCCAGGUCCCCGCUGAGCGACAGCUCCAGCAUGCUCAUCCUGGAGGGGAACGAUUCUGAUGCCACUGAUCCUGGUCUGUCAAAGAUGAAGCAAGACACAACCGAUAAAGCAAAAUCUAAGAUCUGUAGCUCCAAAGAGCAGAAACAGGACGGGCUGUGUCAACGUGAGACAAAAAAGCAAAUCUCUGGCAAACUAAAGCAAAAAGAGCCCAGCGCAGAAUCAGAUGGUAGCCACGCGGUUCCGUCAGCCACGCCUCGGACUAAAGCCCACCGCCGCAAGCUUGGAGCGAAAAAGAUGGAGAACAAAGCUCUUCAAAACAGAAAAGUCACAGAUUAUUUUCCCAUCAGGAGAAGUAACAGGAAAACUAAAACAGAGAUAAAGAGUGAAGAACACAGACACAUUGACGACCUGUUAAAGAACGGCAUCGAAGAAGGACUGGAGGUCAAACACACAAAAGGAAAAGGAAGAGGAGUCUUUGCUGUGAAGAGUUUCAAAAAGGGAGAGUUUGUUGUCGAGUACCAUGGCGACCUGCUGGACCUGGCUGAGGCCAAAAAGAAAGAGGCCCAGUAUUCUGAGGACCCUGAAACUGGCUGUUACAUGUAUUACUUCCAGUAUCAAGCUAAAACCUACUGCAUAGAUGCUACCAAAGAAACGGACCGUCUCGGACGGCUGUUGAACCACAGCAAAAGUGGGAACUGCCAGACGAGGCUCCACCCCAUCGAUGGGACACCUCAUCUGAUCUUUGUGGCCUCCAGGGACAUCAAGGCAGAGGAGGAGCUGCUCUACGACUACGGGGAUCGGAGCAAAGAGUCCAUCUCUGCACACCCCUGGCUUAAAUACUGAACCUUUUAUUACGCUGAACACCAGUCGGUCUCAGUCUUUAUUAAAGUGAGAUGUACAUAAAAUGACACUCUUUGAAAACAUGCUGGAAGUGAAGCUGUGUGCUUCAAUACUUGAAGUGUUUUGUUUGGGGAUUUUUGCAAAAUGUGCUUUUAUUCUUUUAGUUUGUUUUUCUAAAUGAAUUGAAUGCUGAUGUGGCGACAGUAAAAUACAGCCUGAGUUUGUUAUGAAGAACCUGACAGUUUUCAUUCCAGCUGUAGCCUAAUGAACCCUGGUUAUAGAGUGAAUGACCUAAAGAUCAUUUAUGAAACUCUUCAGUGUCAUGCAUGUUCUCGGCUGCCAUUAUUUUCUUCAUUACUCUGGUUUCUCAUGAUGUUUGCUGUUUAAAUACUCAGGUUCUGUGCAGCUAAAACAAAUUAUUUAUACCCUGGCAGAUUUAGCUUCAACGUAAUCGUUUGGUUUUAAUCAACAUGUUGGUGCAUUAGGGUGAUGGCAAAGAGGCCUUCCAACCUGAAAGACUUGAAAUAAAAUACCAGUGGAAAAUGAAAUAAGCUGCUCAGUAGCUGGAAGUUUGAUUGCUGUCAAGCUGAUAAACUAUUUCCACUGAUUAUUGGUAAAGUUAUACUUUUUUAUAUAUAUUACAUCCUUUCAAAUGAAAUUGUGUAUAACUUUUUUUAGAAUAAACUUUUAUUUUCUGACA